CCUCUUGCUUUUCUCCCCUUACACUCAAAUCUCCCUCUUUCUUCCCCGUGAAAAACAGCACAACACAACGCCAUGGACAUGGAUACAAGAUAACCACUCUAAUCUUCUUCCUUCUUCUUCUUCUCAGAUCUGCUCCAUUCCGAAUAUCCAUAGGUUUAAACUAUCAGUGUGAAUUGUUGGACCCUGCUAAAACAUGGCUCAAGCAAGAUAUACUAGAAUAGACAAUAAUAAAAAGUCAUCGUCCAGUUUCUGCUCGACAGUGACAAUUGUUGUGUUUGUGGCUCUAUGUCUGGUUGGGGUAUGGAUGAUGACAUCCUCCUCUGUAGUUCCUGCACAAAAUGCCGAUGUUACUCAGGACAACAAGACCGAUGCUGCUCAGGACAACACGAUUGACAUGAAAAAAGCACAGAGUGACACGAAAGAACAGGUAACUGACAACAACAAUAGUGGCAACACUCGGAAGUUUGAAGACAAUCAGGGUGAUCUUCCUGAGGAUGCAACCAAGGGGGACACAAAUGUCACCUCAGAAAACAACUCUGACGUGAAAGAAAACCAGGAAGAAAAAUCAGAGGACAAGUCUGAAGAAAAGUCUUCUCAAGAAUCUAAAACAGAAGAUGGAGACAAGAAAACAGAGGACAAAGAUUCCCCCACAGAAAGUACUGAAUCAAACUCACAAACUACAGAAAACAAGGAUAGUGGUGAAACUGAGAAACCUGGUUCUGGUGAUAGUGAGAAGAAAUCUGAAUCUGAUGAGAGCGAUACAAAAUCUGAAUCGAAUGAAAAUAAGCAAUCUGAUUCAGAUGAAAGUGCAAAUAAAUCUGAUUCAGAUGGAAGUGAAAAGAAAUCUGAUGACUCAAGUGAAACAACUGAUAACAAGACAGAAGAUAAGGUGCAACAAAGUGAUAAAGAAUCAGAUGUAAGCUCCAAUGAGAAGGAAACAGAUGACAGUGCCAACAAGCAGACUUCAACUGAAGUAUACGCUUCUGGGGCCCAGUCAGAGCUUCUGAAUGAAAAUACCACUCAGAAUGGGUCUUUUUCAACUCAGGCAGCAGAGUCGAAGAAUGAAAAGGAGUCACAAGCAUCCUCCAAGCAAUCCACUGUGUACAACUGGAAAUUAUGCAAUUCCACUGCUGGCCCUGACUACAUCCCAUGCCUUGACAACUUGAAAGCAAUCAGGAAACUUCCAAGUACCAAACAUUAUGAGCACCGAGAAAGGCACUGUCCUGAAGAACCUCCUACCUGCCUUGUCCCUCUUCCAGAAGGAUAUAGACGCCCAAUUACAUGGCCCAAAAGCAGAGAGAAGAUAUGGUAUUACAACGUUCCACACACUAAGCUUGCUGAAUAUAAGGGCCAUCAAAAUUGGGUGAAAGUUACAGGCGAGUACCUUACUUUUCCUGGUGGUGGAACCCAAUUCAAGCAUGGGGCACUUCAUUAUAUUGACACUAUACAACAGUCUGUACCUGAUAUAGCUUGGGGCAGACACUCACGUGUGGUAUUAGAUGUUGGAUGUGGUGUUGCCAGCUUUGGUGGCUUUCUCUUUGAGAGAGACGUACUUACAAUGUCUUUGGCACCAAAAGAUGAACAUGAAGCUCAGGUACAAUUUGCACUUGAGAGGGGAGUUCCUGCCAUUUCUGCCGUGAUGGGUACAGUGAGGCUUCCCUACCCUGGAAGAGUAUUUGAUAUAGUCCAUUGUGCACGAUGUAGAGUUCCGUGGCAUAUAGAAGGUGGAAAACUUCUCUUGGAGCUGAAUAGAGUAUUGCGGCCUGGUGGUUUCUUUGUUUGGUCUGCUACUCCUAUUUAUCAAAAUAAGACAGAAGAUGUUGAAAUAUGGAAAGAAAUGAAAAAGCUAAUAAAAGCAAUGUGCUGGGAAGUUGUGAACAUUACCAGGGAUAAACUUAAUGGAGUUGGUAUAGCAACAUACAGAAAGCCAACUUCUAAUGAAUGUUACGAGCAACGAUCUAAUAACGAGCCACCUAUGUGUCCAGAUUCUGAUGAUCCAAAUGCAGCAUGGAACGUUCCAUUGCAAUCUUGCAUGCACAAAGUGCCAGUGAGUUCAUCAGAGCGUGGUUCACAAUGGCCAGCGCAAUGGCCAGCAAGACUGACUAACGUACCUUAUUGGUUGACAAGUUCUCAAGUUGGAGUUUAUGGAAAGCCUGCCCCUGACGAUUUUACUGCGGACUAUGAUCACUGGAAACGUGUUGUUUCCAAGUAUUUAGAUGGGAUGGGAAUUCAAUGGUCAAAUGUUCGAAAUGUCAUGGAUAUGAGAUCAGUCUACGGAGGGUUUGCUGCAGCUAUGAAAGAUUUGAAUAUUUGGGUCAUGAAUGUGGUUUCAGUAGAUGCUCCAGACACACUUCCUAUUAUAUAUGAACGCGGUCUUUUUGGCAUGUAUCAUGAUUGGUGUGAAUCUUUUAGCACUUAUCCUAGGUCCUACGAUCUCCUCCAUGCAGAUCAUCUGUUUUCAAGACUCAAGAAAAGGUGCAAUUUUCAAGCUGUUGUGGCUGAGGUUGAUCGGAUUCUGAGGCCCGAAGGAAUGCUUAUUGUUCGAGACACUGCUGAGGUAAUUAACGAGCUUGAGAGCAUGGUGAAAUCUAUGAAUUGGGAGGUUCGCAUGACUUACACUAAAGAAAAUGAGGGCUUUUUGGGUGCCCGGAAGUCCAUGUGGCGACCUACGGAGACUGUGACGCUCGAAUAUGCUGUUUGAUUGACAAGAUGGAUAGGUGAUUUUUGGAUUUUGGCUUAGAAAAAUUCUUGUGUAAUUGUUACUUCCACAUUUAUCUAUGUAUCAUGGUAGUUAGGCAUUCAUGUAUUCGGCUUUUUUCUUUUUUUUCUCCCCCAUUUGGUUAUUGAUUUUGAUCUCCAUUUAGAGGUUGGUGUAUUUUGCUGUAACAUGGUGAUAUAGAUAAAGAAAUUUCAUUCUUGGAAAUGUAGAGAUCCUCGGCUUAGAAGCCAAAUAGUUGAUA